CAACGCCACUGGGCCUCAACAACAACAAUCUCCCAACGCCGCCGCUUCCGCCGCAUCAAGCGCUAGAACUAGGAACCCCUCCCAAAGGAUCUCAAGAAGACAAGGACACCGUCGAGUCGCCGCCAGUCGCUCGAUGGGGUGCGGGCAGUCAAAGAUCGAUCAAGAGGAGGCGGUGUUUCGAUGCCGGGAGCGGAAGCGGCUGAUGGCUGACGCCGUGGCCUCGCGGAACGGUUUUGCCGCCGCCCACACUGGCUACACUGUCCGCCUGAAGAGCACCGGCGGCGCGCUAUCCGAUUUCGCCCAAGGCGAGGCGCCGGACCCUAGCCUGGUGUCCUCCCAUACCCACCACGCUCCGGCUGUGGCGACGUCAUCUGUCUCGACUCCGCCAGGCCCCUCCGCAGCUUCCGUCAACAGCCCCUCCCCGCCGCCGCCGCCAUUCGCCGACUUCUCUCAUUCUAGCCUCCAAAGAUCCUCAUCCACCCCCAACAUUCCUAUGCCGGAGCCGAGGGCCGCAGCCAAAAACCGCCCUCCUGCCGAUGCUUCUAUCCGAGAGGAGGAUGAGGAUGAGGAUGAGGAGGAACAGGAUGGACAUAUCAAGAUCGAUAGCGAUGACGACAGUGACGACGACAGUGACGAAGACGACGAUCACCAUGAGCAUGACGAUGUUAGUGUGGAUGACAUGGUGCAUGGACAACAAUCAAAGCGGAUUUUGAUGAGUAGUGUGGGAUCUUCUCCAGUAACACCACCUCCGCCUCCAAGGUUGAACCACACCCCACCAACGCUUGCCACAGCAACGCCACCGCCCCCGGUGCUGGAGUCACAGAUGGCUACCUGGGACUACAUCUUUGGCCCAACUCCCACCCCACCACCCACCCUAGAGCAGCCUGCUGCUGAUACUUUGUGGAUGGAAAGGCGUGAUAAGGAGCCAGUGGCUGAGGUGAAGGCACCUGUGGCAAAAACAGUUGUUAGUAAGCCAGCUGCUACUGAGGAAAGGCCACCAGAGACGGCCGUAGAGAAGGAUAAAGCAAUUGAGGAGAUGAUGGCUAAUCUACCGCCAUCAAAACCUAUUGUGAGGAAGCCACCCAAAGCACCUGGCCCAUCACAAGAAGCAGCACACUACCAGCAUGCCUCUUCGAUGGGUGCAGUUGAAAUUCGGAAGGGGAAGGUAAUGGUGGCAUCAGGAACUGCCAGCUUGCUACAGAUUGUUACACGGCUUGAUGAUAACUUUCUUAGAGCUUCAGAGAGUGCGCAUGAUGUGUCAAAAAAACUGGAGGCCACCCGGAUGCAUUAUCACUCCAACCAUGCUGACAGCCGAGGACAUAUCGACCACUCUACAAAAAUUAUGCACGUUAUCACAUGGAACCGCUCCUUCAAGAACUUACCUGACCAUGAGGACCUGAACGAUAAUUUUGAGAUUGAUGAUAGAUUUGAAACUCAUGCUGCAGUUCUAGAUAGAAUGCUUGCUUGGGAGAAAAAACUGUAUGACGAAGUGAAGGCUGGGGAGCUUAUGAAAACCGAUUAUCAGAAGAAGGUGUCUCUAUUGCAGAAGCAAAAGAAACGGGGUGUUAAACUUGAAACCUUGGAGAAGACAAAAGCUGCUGUUAGCCAAUUGCACACAAGGUACAUUGUAGACAUGCAAUCCAUGGAUUCAACAGUUUCAGAAAUAAAUCGGCUUCGGGAUAGACAGUUAUUCCCAAAGUUAAUGGACCUUGUUGAUGGAAUGGCCAAGAUGUGGAGUUCUAUGUACCGCCAUCAUAGAAGUCAGUUCCUGAUCAUUUCUGGAAUAAGAGGUUUCGAGAUUCCUCCUAUUCCAAGGGAGACAACUGAUUCUCAUUACAUCCAGACUUGUGAGCUACGUGACAUUGUUAGGGAGUGGCAUACGCAGUUUGAGAAAUUGAUGGACAAUCAGAAAGCAUACAUCAGAGCACUCAAUGCAUGGCUGAAGCUCAAUCUCAUCCCAAUUGAGAGCAACAUAAAGGAGAAGGUCUCCUCCCCUCCAAGGCUGGUGGAUCCACCCAUCAAGCACCUGCUGCAUGCCUGGCAUGACGAGCUCGAAAGGCUUCCGAUUGAGCUUGCAAAAACUGCCAUCAAAACCUUUGCUGAAGUCAUAAGCACUAUCGUGCAUCUUCAGGAAGAGGAAGUAAACCUAAGGAGGCGGUGUGAUGAAACUCGUAGGGAUCUGAACCGAAAGAAGGCACAGUUUGAGGACUGGCAUCAAAAGUACUUGGAGAGACAGACAGCAGAAACUCAAAACAUAGAUCCUGUCGAGGAUAGGAAACGCACCAUCGAGGAACUAGAGAUUCGGCUGAGAGAGGAGGAGGGGCACCAUCUUAGGCAUGCCAGGCAGGUGCGGGAGAAAUCACUUGCAAACCUCCGGACACACCUGCCAGAACUUUUCAGGAACAUGUCCGAUUUUGCUUACUUUUGCAAAGACAUGUACAACAAUCUUAGAAAAACUGCUGCGCUGUCCAAAGAUGAAGUCUAAGGCUGAUGAUAUUUGUGCGUGUGUAUGUAUACUCGACAAGCAGUAGAAUGUUUGCUGGUAACUUGUCCUGAUGCCGUCUAGAAUACAUAAUAGUCGGCAUUAAUUAUGUUUGUAAAUUGGAAUGGACAUUCCGGACUCCCCAUUGUUUAUUUCCAUGCUAUGUACUGC